AUGGACGACUAUGCCCAUUGGGCCCAAUGCGGGACAUGUGAUUAUCAAUUCCGUUCACAGAGGGCUGCCGACCAACACAUGAAUGUCCUCAACCACUGGCCUACAUUCGAAUGUGAAACAUGUACAAUGGAGUUUGAUUCGGACGCUGCUCGAGACCAGCACAUGCGGGCCCAGAAGCAUUUCGAGCGAUACUGUCCUGACUGUGAUCAAUACUUCAUGAACAAAAACAACCUGCGCAUGCAUCUGAAUACGUACUUUCGUGCUGGUGUCAAGAUCGACUCGACGAUUACCUUUAAGUUCUAA